AUGGGCCGGGGGGCGCGGGUGGCUUCAUCGCAAGGCAUCAAUUCCCACCAUCGGGCUCCAAUGCCUGGAGCACCAACGUCAGCUUUGAGUUCGCUCCCAACCAAUUGGAAGAUGCCGGAUUGGAUCAAGCCGGACGCACACAUUUGUUAUAACUCGCGAAGCACUGGCGAGAGGGUAGAAGUUGUCGUCGAGAUGGUCAACACCGCCAAGCAGGAGGUUGAGGUCACGGGCGUCAGCGUGCCGGGGUUCCUGAGAGUGAUCCCUUUCAGUGUAAUCGCAAGUGCGAUGAAUCCGCUCUACCCGCCGGAGGCUCUGCCGAAGGGUGAGGGGGAUGUCGAGCAGGUGGAGGGUCCUCAGGCCGAGGGCCCGGAGGGACCAGGAGCUGUCGACCUGACCCGCGAGCGCAGCCGAAGUCGAUCGGGAAAGAGGUGA